UCAUGUGUCUCUUAUCUAGUAGAGCAGUGCGUACUCUAUGGUCAUCAUUCGUCAGUUGGUGUGAUUUGUGGUGGUGUUUUAGAACAAGCCCAACCCAAAAAUUCUAGAAAUAUAGAAAUAAAGGUUUAUUGUACAUUUAUAGGACGUUAAAGUUUAAAAGCAAGGACGAAGAAUGCAAACAAUUAAAUGUGUCGUGGUGGGUGAUGGCGCAGUGGGAAAAACUUGCCUCUUGAUAAGUUACACUACCAAUAAAUUCCCAUCAGAAUAUGUACCCACAGUUUUUGAUAAUUAUGCGGUUACGGUUAUGAUAGGAGGCGAACCUUACACAUUGGGGCUGUUUGAUACUGCAGGACAAGAAGAUUAUGAUCGAUUGCGACCUCUUAGUUAUCCCCAGACUGACGUUUUCUUAGUAUGCUUUUCUGUAGUGAGUCCGUCCUCGUUUGAAAAUGUUAAGGAAAAAUGGGUGCCAGAAAUAACACAUCACUGUCAGAAGACGCCGUUUCUUCUGGUCGGAACACAAGUUGAUUUACGCGACGAUGGUGCUACAACUGAAAAGUUGGCGAAAAACAAACAGAAACCGAUAUCAGUGGAACAAGGAGAAAAAUUAGCUAAAGAAUUAAAAGCGGUAAAAUACGUCGAGUGUUCGGCUUUAACGCAAAAAGGUCUGAAAAAUGUUUUUGAUGAAGCUAUUCUAGCCGCGUUGGAACCACCAGAACCAAUUAAACGUAAAAAGUGUGUUAUUUUGUAAACAGUAAUUCAGCCGAAUUGGAAUACUACAAUUUUUAUACUAGUUAAGGACAAAAUUAUAUAUUUAUUUUAUUUUUUUUGUUAACAGUUUAAUAUUAAAACAAUCUGUAUGGUA